AUGGUUGAAUUAGAAUCAAUGUCAUCAUCAAGCGAAUGGUUUUUAAAUAAUAACAGUAAUAUUCAUAAUAAUACACACAAUCAUAAUCAUAAUAAUAAUAAUAACAAUAAUAAUAUAAAUAGUAAUAAUCACGGCCAUAGUGCAAAUAGUAGUGCACACAACCACAACAACAAUAAUAAUAAUAAUACCAAUAAUAAUAGCAACAAUAGCAAUAAUAAUAAUAAUAAUAAUAAUAAUAAUAAUAAUACACAAAAUACAAAUAAUGGUACAUUUUUAACACCAUUACCUGUAUUAACUAAUAGUAGUACUGGUUUGGGAAAAAGUAUUGAUUGGUUAUAUACAAACACCUCAAAUACCGACUCACAUAAUAUAAAUUCAAGUAGUAAUAAAGUUACAAAACUUUCAAAUGGAUUUUCUUUAUUAAAUCAAGAUGGUACUCAAUCACCAUCAUGCUUUUUAAAUUUAUCCUCAACUGGUAACCACGAAGAUCCUGUACAAGUUCCAAUGAACAAUAAUCCACAAGAUCUCUUAUUCCAAUUUAAUAUUUCACCACAAUUACAAUCACAAAAUAAUAAUAGUAGUAAUAAUAAUAAUAACAAUAAUAACAAUGGUAGUAAUACUCCAUUAAAUGGUAGUAAUGGUAGUAAUAAUAAUUAUUCAUCACCAAUUUCACCAGUACCACAAUACCAACACUCUGCUGGUUCUUCACCAAUCCAAGAGUAUCCAUAUUAUUCACCAUCAUCAUCACCCCAUUCAAAUGAAUCAACCUCACCAAUUACAGUUAUUAAAGAUAGUGGUAGUAUUAUAAAUCCAAUCAAUAAUAAUAAUAAUAAUAAUAAUAAUAAUAAUAAUAAUAAUAAUAAUAACAAUAAUAAUAACAAUAAUAAUAAUAAUAAAAACAAUUUAAAUAAUAAUACAUUCCAAUUUUCAUCAUUAAAAAGUACAACUGGUAUUGCACCACCAUUACAAACCGAUUAUCAUUUAUUAUAUAAUUUUGUUCAACAAAAUUUUUCUGGAAAACCAGAAGAUUCAUUAUUAAACCAAACUUUAAAUAAUAAUAAUAAUAAUAAUAAUAACAAUAAUAAUAAUAAUAAUAAUACAACAAUCCAAACUUCACCACAACCACUUGUUUUACCACAAAUUCAAAAUCCAUUUUUACCAUAUAAUAUUUCGACUCCAAUUUCAGUUCCAAAUAAUAUUUUAUCAUCAGCUCAAUCAUCAACAAAUUCAUCACCAAACAACAACAACAAUAAUAAUAAUAAUAAUAACAAUAUUUUUUCAACUGUUAAUAAUAAUAAUAAUCUCGUAAAUAAUAACAGUAAUAAUAUGGAAUUAGAUGUAGAUAAACCAUUUUCACAAGAAAAAUUUUAUUUACACUUAAAAUCAAUUGUACCAAGUUUUAAUGAAAAUUUUGAAGCAUCAUCUGAAUCUGCACAAUCUGAAUCAUCUCAAGAAAGUGAUUAUGAUGCACUCAAUGAACGUAAUAGUGGUGUUAAGAAGAGAGGUAGAGAUGAAGAUCAAAUCGAUACAUCUGGUCAAGUUGUUUUAUCACGUGAACAUGUUUUGAAAUUAUCAAGUAAAGAAAUUGAAGAAUAUGUUUCACGUUUAAAGAUGCACCAUAUUCUUACUCAAGCCGAGGAAAAAGAAUUGAAAAAACAAAGACGUUUAGUAAAGAAUCGUGAAUAUGCUUCACAAUCUCGUUCUCGUAGAAAGAUUUAUGUUGAGAAUAUUGAAACAAAACUUCAAAAAACAAAUCAAGAUUGUGCUUCAAUUAAAUCUCAAUUAAAUUCAGUUAAAGAGGAAAAUAAAGCCUUAAAGAAACAAUUGUACAGUUUAACUAAUACUCUUAAAAGUAAUCCUUCUUUAGCUGAAGCAUUUGGAAAAAUUUUCUCUCCAAUAGGUAAUAAUAAAACUUCUUCUGCUACAUUAUUUGUAUUUUUCUUUUUAUUUACAUUUACAUUUUUAUUCCAAUCUUCUACAGUUACCUUUAAUUCAGAUAGGGUAUCUUCAAUUCAACGUAAUCUUUUAAGUUUAGAAGAAACUCAAGCAACAGAAUGGAACAUAAAGAGAGCCAUUCUUGAAGAAACUAAACAAUAUGUCGAUUCUUUGUUAACCUCCUUAUAUACUUCAAAACUACAAUCUUUAUCAGAAACUCCUUUAGAUACAUCUAAUUAUAUCAUCAACAACAACAAUAACGAAUCAACUUCCGAAACAACAACAAACAACAAAGUAGUUUCGACAUCUAGUGAUGAUAUUUCAAAUGUUUUAUCAAAUCUUUCUGUUUCCGAUAAAGAAGUUCCUCAAAAGUGUAAAGAUUCAUCUGAUUUAAAAUGUGAUUCUCCCCCACUUUCACCUUUAAAUUAA